CGUCGCAGCCUGAUGACGUGAUCCCGGAAGUGGCGCUCUAGACAGGGUAAUAAAGACAGUAGCGGCUGGGGGGAAAAGUGUUUGGGGCUGUCCUUCUAUUCACGGUCUUCUUCUUCCCGGCUCCGGGAGCCGUCUCGAACCUUCCCCGAAAGAAGAAGAGCAGACCAUCAUGGGAGGUGGAGAUCUGAAUUUGAAGAAGAGUUGGCACCCACAGACCCUCAGAAAUGUGGAGAAAGUGUGGAAGGCAGAGCAGAAACAUGAGGCAGAACGGAAGAAGAUUGAGGAACUGCAACGGGAGCUUCGGGAAGAGAGGGCACGGGAGGAGAUGCAGCGAUAUGCAGAGGAUGUGGGAGCUGUCAAAAAAAAAGAAGAAAAACUAGACUGGAUGUACCAGGGCCCUGGUGGGAUGGUGAACCGUGAUGAGUACCUUAUGGGACGUCCCAUUGACAUAGUUUUUGAGAAGAUGGAAGACAAAGAAGCAGGUUGUUCAUCUGAGACAGGACUUCUUCCAGGCUCUAUCUUUGCCCCUUCUGGUGCCAAUUCUCUACUUGACAUGGCCAGCAAAAUCCGGGAGGACCCACUUUUCAUCAUUCGAAAGAAGGAGGAAGAGAAGAAGAGAGAAGUCUUGAAUAAUCCUGUGAAAAUGAAGAAAAUCAAAGUAUUGUUGCAAAUGAGCCUGGAAAAGAAAGAGAAGAAGAAGAAGAAGGAUAAGAAAAAAAAGCAUAAGAAACAUAAGCAUCGAAGCUCCAGCAGUGACCGAUCUGCCAGCGAGGAAGAGCGGGGCCGUGGAAGGCCUCAAAAGAAGGUGGAAAAGUCCUCCCCUGUUUUGUCCAAAAUUCCAGGUUAUGGCUUACAGAUUAAGGACAAUUGACCAUGACGGAGACUACCAGAACCUCUGGCAACUGAAUCGGGGAGAUCACACAGGGUCAAGAAUCACUCUAGAUCACGGAGCGCCUCUCGUUCACCCCCAAAACACCCCAGCAGGAAGGGCACAUGGGAUGCUGAGAGCCGGGACAGGCGGUCACGGUCCCCUAAACAUAGUAGACAGCACAAUUCCAAAGUAAACAGGAAAGAAAGAGGCCGAACUAAGAGCCCUUCCCCCAAAAAGGAAGGCUAUCAAAGGCGACAUGCUCCAGGUUACACCAGAAAACUUUCAGCGGAGGAAUUGGAGCGAAAACGGCAAGAAAUGAUGGAGAAUGCAAAGUGGCGGGAGGAAGAGAGGCUGAACACCCUUAAGAGACAUGAAAAGGAAGAUGAAAGAGAGCGGAAGCUGGAGAAAUUGGACUCUCGGGAUGGGAAAUUCAUCCACCAACUGAAGUUAGAAAGUACAUCCACGUCCUCCUUAGAGGAUAGGGUCAAGCGCAACAUCUACUCCCUGCAGAGAACUUCAGCUGCUUUGGAGAAGAACUUCAUGAAGAGAUGAAGCUCACAUGGCUCUUCUGUUAAUUAUCCUGAGUUUUCCAGGGAAGCUGCUGGCUCCUUAAAGAAUCCUCUUUAUAAGAGUUGAAAUGCCUUCCAGGGAUGUCAGAUGGCCACUGCUCCGAGUGAUUCUACUCCAGUUAUUCCUGAGAACAGGGAGGAGGCCCUGUUAUGUAAACUGGUUGCUGCCUCUGGUGUAUAUUGCAAAGUUGGGGUUUUGCAGUUUCCUUAAGAGGUGCCCAUCUUUGUUUCAAUGCUCCUAGAGAUUCCUGUCACUUUGUAUAGCUAGUCAUGGUCCUGACAGUGGUCCUGUAAAUUUACCCUGAGCCUUCCUUUUUCAUCAGAUCCAUUCCCUUUCAAUACAAACUGAACUUUGAAUUUUUUUUAAAUCUCCCUUUAAAAAAAUCACUCAUGGACCUCUUCAGCUGAGUAGCAAAUCAAAGGAUAGAAUCAGUGUUCCAGGCUUCUGUUACAGAAUGUCUUGAAAGUUAAUUUGAGACAGACCAGUGCCAGCUCCUGAAGAGCCAGGGAAAGAAAAAUGGAAUUCAGGGAGGGAAUCCAGAGAGGUGGAAAAACAAUACUUAAAAAGCACCAAAUGAACUGUUAAAAUAUUUGGUCUUUAAACAUUUACAGCAGUAUAGUGUGUAUAUGUACAAAUGUAUAAUUUUUAAUAGUUCUUUUAAAAGUUAUUUUUGUCUAAAUAUCCUGUUCGAGAAGUGAUUUUUGAUAUAUUAUUACCAUAUCAAACUGGAUACCAAAUAAUCCUUCACACAGGGCAGCUUUCUUUUCUGUGUAGCUGGGAUGGUUUAACCACUUCCCACAGCGCCUUAACCCCUUUAUAGAUGGAUCACUUUAUGUCUCUGGAUGUGAAGUUUAUGGUUCCAGAGGUACAACAAAACUGCCAACAUGCCUCCUGGCUUUUAAAGAAAAAUAAAAUAGAAAUUCUGUUUA